AUGGCUCGGGCACGCGGGCUGGGCCUGCUGUUGGCGUUGCUGUUGCCCAUGGUCGGUGCCUCCAGGCCGGACACCGUGGUCAGACUCAACAAGGAAGUGCUGAGCUACGUGGCUGAAGCCGAGAAAGCCCCUCUCCAGUGCGCCCUGCAGGUCACUGUCCCGCAUUUCCUGGACUGGAGUGGAGGGGUGUUCCAGCCCACCAGUGUCCCAGAGCCCCUGCAUCUGAUGCUACCUAUGGCACUGCUGGCCAACACCCCUGUGAACCAGGGCUCCAUCGUGGUCAGCAUCUCUGGCUGCUUCUCUCUCUUCGACAAAGCCAUCGUGCUUGAUGGCUAUAACAGCACAGCCCCUGUGCUGCUGGCCCCGCUGCAGAAUCACAUCAAAGCUGUGCUGCGGAACAAGCUGUGCCUGAGAAUCUCCAACCUGGUGCAGGGCUUCAGUGUCCACCUGGGCACUUUAAUUGGCCUCAGCCCUGUUGGUCCAGAGUCCCAAGUUCCCUACUCCAUGAUCGACACACCCACCAUCACCAAUGACUACAUUUCCUUGAAUAUCAAUGCUGUUCUCUUCCUCCUGGGCAGACCCAUCGUCCUGCCUGUGGAUACCACCUUCGUGCUGCCACAGCACGUGGGCACCAGGGGUGCCAUGGCAACUGUGGGCCUCUCCCAGGACCUGAUUGGCUCUGCCAUCCUGCUGCUGCAGAAGGCUGGUGCGCUCAACCUGGACGUCACAGGGCAGCUGAAGUCAGAUUACAACCCGCUGAACACCUCCAUGCUGGGCCAGCUCAUCCCCAAGGUGGGCCAUCAGUUACCUAAGCCCAUGGCCCUGGUGCUCAAGGUGCGGCUGGGUGCAACACCCACAGUCACACUCUGUACCAACAACGCCACACUGCGGCUGCAGCCCUUCGUGGAGGUCCUGGCCCCGGCGUCCAACUCGGCUUUCCAGUCCCACUUCUCCCUCGAUGUGGUAGUGAACCUGAGCCUCCAGCUCUCCGUGUCCAAGGUGAGGCUUCGGGGGGCCACAUCUGUGCUGGGGAAUGUCCAGCUCACUGUGGCCUCCUCUAAUGUGGGCUUCAUUGACACGGACCACGUGCAGCCACUCAUGGCCGCUGUGUUUGAGAAGCCCCUGCUGGACCAGCUCAAUGCUCUCUCGGGCAUGGGGGUUGCACUCCCCCACGUGGUCAACCUCCAGUAUGUCACCCCGGAGAUCUUUGUCUAG